AAUUUCCUGACUUCGUGAGGGAGACAGAAUACCAGUCAGUGUGUGUUCGUGGAAUCUCCGAGCCAAUCGGCCUCUCCUGGUCAUCCAUUUUUUCUUUCCCUAUUAGAAUGUCGCCUUGCAUCAUUAUUACCUUUUAGCCUUUAUAGGGUUUCUGUUCUUCCCCAUCACAUAUAUACUUCUGCAGCAGCUCCUUUAUCACUAGGGUUUCAAGCUUAAAAUUUGUGAUUUUUUACGCAAAUCCCCCAAGUUAAUUGCAGAUAUCAGUUCCUUUGAUCUCUGGAUUUGGAUCGGUUUCUGCAAUAUCGUUCUUCUGGGGUUUUCAUGGUCUAUGGUUUCUCCCUUGCAAUGGAUGACGGGGAGCUUGAUUUCUCUAAUCAAGAGGUUUUUUCAAGUCCAAAUGUAGGGGAGCUUCCAAGCAGUUGCUCUAUGGACAGUUUCUUUGAUGAAUUUCUGAAGGAUACCCAUGCUUGCACUCAUACCCACACAUGCAACCCACCGGGUCCUGAUUUCUCUCAUACCCACACCUGUUUUCAUGUGCACACCAAAAUUCUCUCUGCCCCAUCUGAAGACAAAUCCACUCCCGAACCCGAAGAUACUGCAGAAUCUGCAGAAAAGAAAUCAAAGAAACGUCCAUUGGGAAACCGGGAAGCAGUUCGCAAAUAUCGUGAGAAGAAGAAGGCUCGGGCUGCUUCGUUAGAGGACGAGGUUGUUAGGUUGAGGACUUUGAAUCAGCAGUUGUUGAAAAGAUUGCAGGGGCAGGCUGCAUUGGAAGCCGAGAUUGCGAGGCUUAAGUGCUUGCUUGUGGACAUCAGAGGGAGGAUUGAAGGGGAAAUUGGAUCUUUCCCUUAUCAGAAAUCAGCUAGGAGUGGGGAUGUGUACCAGCAGAGCAUGGUCAAUGCAAACUUGAAUGGUGCAUAUGUGAUGAACCCAUGUAACUUGCAGUGUGAUGAUCAGGUUUACUGCCUUCAUCCGGGAGUGGAAGGCAAAAGUGGAGAUGGCUCAGCAUUAAAUGGCCAAGGAUUUAGUGGUUGUGAAUUUGAGAAUUUUCAGUGUUUAGGUAGUCCAAACUCUGGAUUCAAGGAGCUCCCUGGCUGUGGACUUGGGAGUGCAGUGCCUGCUGUGAAUUCUUCCAAUCCAAAUAAGGGGAAAGGAGCUUGCACUGCAACAGCAAGUUGAGGAGCUAAUCAGAUGGGGCUAUUUUAUUCUCUUGAGGGCACAUAUUUGCUUCCAAUAAGAGUUCUGCUGAACUGCUGUGGCCUUGCCCUCAGGUCAUUUUGUGUUCAUUUUUUUCCUGUCAUGUUUUUUUCUGGGCUCCUAGGGCUGGCACUGCUGGUACAUAUCGAGCUCAAUAUUAGCUAGAUCUGCUUCUGAUUUACUGGUGGUUUGGUUGGUAGUAGUGUUCCUGUCCAAGUCUAUAUGAAUGUUUUGUAAAGCCUAGGUUAGAGAGUGUGCAUCUACAAAAACUAUUGAGCAGAGACAAACUUUUGGUUUUCUAUGAAGCUCAAACACCAAAAUGAGCUCAAGCUCUCAGCUUUUCAUUCUUUUCAGAUUACAGAAAUGCUUCAUUUAGUUUGCAGCUAUUA